UCUCGUGGCUGGCGGCGCUGGGCGGCGGCGCCGGGCCGCCGGGCGCCUGCCAGGACGACUUCCUGAUCCGGGAGGGCGCCAUCAUCCGCACGGAGGACUCGCGCCGGCGCGGCGCCACCUUCCUCAACAUCACCGAGGUGGCCGAGACGACGCGCUGCCUGCAGGCCUGCUGCCAACGCGCCGGCUGCAACGCCGCCAUCUACGACCAGAAGACGCACAGCUGUUUCCUGUUCGACUGCGGCCCGCUGGACGACUACCGGUGCCUGUUCACCUCGCACACGCAGUUUGUCAGCGCCACCCUGAAGGUCAGCCGGGGUCAGCUGGACCUGGCGCAGUGGGGCUCGCAGAGCCAGCACGAGGCGGAGCUCACCAGCCUCAAGAAUGUGGUGCCGCCCAGCGCACCAAAGCCGGCUGAGCAUCAGAAGACGCUGGAGCGGCCGCUGAAAGAGAUGAUUCGCCCUCCUGUGACCUCUGCCCCGGCCGUCCCCAAAGUAUCCCGAGCGAAGUGCAGCCGGUUCCAGUUUGAGUGCCACAGCGGCGAGUGCAUCGGCAUCUACAACGCCUGCGACGGCAUCCCGCAGUGUCUGGACGCCAGCGACGAGGGAUCGGAACUCGACUGCCCGGCAGCCUCAAAAACGGAGGGAUCUGAAAUUACUGAGCGACCUCAAGUAGCAAACGCAGGAACUAAGAAUAUCGCAGAACAGCCACAGGCAGCGCCACCCCUCCAAGGUGCAUCAGAACUAGCGGCUCAAGGCAACGAGAAUGCAGGGUCGUCGUGGGAGCGGCCGCGGUACCAGCCCGGCUACUCGGAGCCGCUGCCGGCGCGCGACAUCUUCAGCCACCGGCAGCAGGUCCUGCUGCCCGGACUGAGUCACUUUCCGGCGGCCGUCGCCUCCACGCACCCACACCACAACGUUCAGCAGGCCAGCUUCCCUCAGUACGAGAAGCCGCCACCGGCGUACCAGCCACCGGUCUUCUACGACGACAUGUACCCGAGCUGGGCGGCGCGGCUGCCUGGCGCGUACCCGUACAACCGGGGCUAUGACCUACUGCCCCCGCAGCGGGCCGCCGGUUGGGACCGCAGGCCGCAGGAGCUGCCGCCUGGCGGCGCGCAAGUGAAGCUCGGUCUCACGGCGUCGCCGCCGGCGGCCUGGUCCGAGCAGCGCGACAGAGGAGAUGCGAGCGGCGCCCCAGAGCCCCAAGAGGCGGCUGCCGAUAGACCUCUGUCCGUGGACCGUCGUCCCACGCCACAGAAGGCCCCCGCAGAGCAAAGCGCAGCAGCAGCCGGCGGCGACAACAAGACGGCACACGCCACCCCAAAACCUGACAGCGAAAAACAAGCGGAGACGACCACGGCAGCGACGGCAGUGUCCCCGGCCGUGACGAAGGCGUCAGGGCCUGUGGUGGACGAGGUGGAGUUCAGCAUGACGGAGCUGCGCGCGCAGGCUGCGCUCCAGGCCACCGAGUCACAGAGCGCGGCGAUCGUGCUCACGCUAGGUGUUCUGCUGAGCGCGGUGCUGGUGGUGCUCGCCGUCUGUCGGGCGCAGUGCCUCCAGAGGCGGACGGCGAAGGGCGAGCGGCCCGGCCUGGCCCACGACGCCGACUACCUCGUCAACGGCAUGUACCUGUGAGCGAGGCUGGGCAGGCGCGGCCACGCACGCCAGCAGUCGCGGCCCUCCAGCCACCCGAGGCUCGGCGGGGAGCGUCCGCACUAGACCACCACCAACACCAGACACCUGCAGGGGACGCCUGCACCCGAGACGCCGAGGAGACGAGCGCGCCUCGGACGUCUCACCAGAUACCCAGGCGGCAGUCUUGGACACCCAGGGCGCGGGGGCGCACAUGCAGGGAACAUGCACGUCUCCCGGACGCCCGGCGAAGAAGCGUGGUAGGAAACACCACGUGAGCGGACGUGAGCGCGUACACCGUCUGCGACGACGCAGCACAAGAGCGGUGGGGCGCGGCAGGGAUCGUGUGUGGACGUCACACGGCCUCACCGCGAAGCUGGCCGGAAUGCCCCAAUCAUCACCAUAAUCACGGGGAAUAAACAGUGGGCAAGUGGAUGUCCCAGCACCGGACGACACAGCGAAGGAAGUCGAUGAACAGCAGCCAGGAGACGUCUCGUGUGUCAACGAUCCACGUGCAGGACAUUCGUACGUGCGCACUGCCCUGGUAUGAGGGUGAUGCGUAUAUACUCAGUGCAGCCAAUGUCUUGAGCAACCAAGACCUGUCGUUAUGCAUCAUAUAAAGCAUAUCUGUCGCUAAAUAACUACCUGUAUCGUACGGUGAUAGCACGCUGCUUUCUCGUCUGCCUAUGGGUUUGUCGAAUGGGUAACGCUGGUGUCUGGACUGCUUGCCAUUCAUUGCUUAAAAUCGAAUUGGUUUGUAAUUUCUAUGCGUCUGAUAGCGAUGUCAUUUUGAUAAGCGAACAUCUCAUUCCAUGUCCGUUUGGUGCUUACCUUUGUUGCAAGGAUGCCCGUCCAGCGCUCAGUAUAUCAAGGUAACAACAUGGAAGCAUGCAAGUGCUCGUCUACUUUGAAACGGUGACGUAUGAGCAAUACACGACCGCUUCGA